AGGAGGUUUUUGAGGUGUGUCUUCAGGCGACACCGCAGCAAAUAAAAAGGGAAUCAGUCGAGAGGCCGCGUAUCCAGAACCCAGGUUAAUCUGGUUCAGGUGUAACAAUGAAAGGGCUCGUCUACUUUCCCAUGGGUUUAGUCGUGAUUGGCCUCUGCUCUGCUUUACCAGCAGGAAGAGAGUUUGCCACAUCAUUCAUGCAAAACCUUGGGGGUGAUGGUAAGGAUAGUCGUUUCUCAGUUGAAGUUGCAGCUCUGCCUUCUUCCCAAGGAAGCACCAAUGUCAAGGUGACAGCUGUGGGUGAGGUCAAAGUGAUGGAAAUUGAACCCGGCAAGAGUGUAUCCUUCAAGCUUCCCGACAGCGUAGAGAUGAAGGGCAGCAAAAAGUCCCAUCAGACUGUGCUGAUUGAGGCGAGCCAAGAUGUCAGUGUGACAUCACUCAACUUCAAGCAGUUCACAGCAGACACCUCUGUGGUUUACCCAGUGAAGGACUGGGGGACUGAGUAUUUCAUUUUCACUCCCCCCAGCUCCCAGAGUGACGGCUUUAAAGAAUUUUCCAUCACCAACCACAAGGAGCCCAACACAGUUGAGAUCUCCCUGCAGGGCUCAGUCAAAUUCCUGGGGAGAUAUUACAGGAGAGGAAGUAAGAUGACCAUAAAGCUUGAGGCGUUUGAGGCUGUUCAGAUUCAGAGCCAAGAAGACCUGAGUGGUACGAAAGUUGUCUCGCAUCUUCCUGUUGCUGUCUCCUCGGGACAUAGCUGUGUUCAGAAAUUCACCUCCUGCAACCACGUCUACGAACAACUUCUUCCUGUGAACAGCUGGGGGAAAGAAUUCAUCAUUGCACCCCUGCCUUAUCAUAACAUCUUUAUGAGUCCAUAUGACAAUGUUUACGUCCAAGCAUCCCAGCCCACUAGAAUUAGCAUGAAUUUUAAUGGGCAUGUCCAGAAUUACUCAAUGCAUGCAGGAGAAACUUAUGAGCUACAAUCAUAUUGGCCAAAUGCUAUAUAUCUGACAUCUGACAAGGGUGUCCAGGUCCUAUUUGAAUUCAAUGGGGGUCCUGUUGACUCAUAUGAUUAUGCUGAUCCCUUUCUGAUGACUAUACUGCCCACAAGUCAUUUUAGCACUUCCUACGCCCUGAAGGGACUAGGUGAUUUUUACAACAACAUUAUAGCUGUGGCUCGGAACAAAGACCUUGGUGACAUCAAAAUUGAUCCCAAGCCCCAGUCUGAAAACUUUGACUGGCAUAAAGUAGAUGGGUCUGAUUUCUCCUGGGCUGAGAUGCAAUAUAGCACCAGGGCAAACUUCUACCAGAUAUCUCACCCCAACUCCCCCUUUGGUGUCUACAGUUUUGGUGUUGCUUAUGCUAACGGGUAUGGAUCCCCUGCAUCUGGUGAUUCAGCAGAGAAACGCGAUUGCAGCACUAUGAAGUGUUCUGCAGAUGAAGUGUGCAAGAUGAGUGGAAACUCCCCAACAUGUGUCAAAAAACCGCCCGCUAUCAAAGCAGGUACCUGCUGGGCCAUGGGAGAUCCUCACUAUCGCACAUUCGAUGGCUACUACUACAACUUCAUGGGAAACUGCACCUACACAAUGGUCAAGAACUGCCAUGCUGGGGAAGACCUUCCAGCUUUUGAAGUUGAUGCUCAGAAUAGCAAACGUACCGGUUCAGUGGUCACAUUCAUCGGCAAAGUGAUCAUUAAGGUCUAUGGGUACACUAUAGCUAUGGUGCGGUCAGAGUUUGGUCUUGUCAGGAUGAGCUACACAUUGUGGAAUCUCCCUAUCAACCUGGGCAAUGGCAAGGUGAAGUUAUCCCAGAGCGGCUUGUCUGUCAUUGUGGAGACAGAUUUUGGCCUGACAGUGCAGUAUGACUGGAAGGAGUAUCUUGUCAUCAGCUUGCCAGGCACAUUUUCUGGCAAGGUGUGCGGCAUGUGUGGCAACUUCAACACCAGAAAGGAGGACGACUUUGUGACUUCUACUGGCUCACAGACCAACAAUGUAGUGGCCUUUGGCAAGAGCUGGAGGGUUACUGAUGGGCCACAUGAUUCCCAAUGUCGAGAUGAAUGCCCGGGCCAUUGUGAGACCUGUGAAAACCACAGCUUUUUGGGACGCUAUAAAGACAAACUCUUCUGCGGCUUGCUUACCACGGUCAUGGAUGGACCACUCAGUGAUUGCAAUGCUGUCAUUGACCCCAAAGUCCUUCAUGAGAUGUGUUUGUAUGAUGUGUGCAUGGGUGAGGGGAUGAAAAACUUCCUGUGUGACACCUUGCAGGUGUACGCUGAUGCCUGUCAGAGAGCAGGAGUUAAAAUCUAUGACUGGCGGCACCUUGCCUUUUGCUCUAAACCACAAUGCCCGGCGAACAGCCAUUAUGAGUUCUGUGGGAACGCCUGCCCGGCCACCUGUGAAAACCCAGAUGCAGCCACAAACUGCAAGAAAAACUGUGUGGAGACCUGCGCCUGUGACGAGGGCUUCCUGCUCAGUGGCACCGAGUGUGUCCCAAAGGCCCAGUGUGGCUGCUCGUACAAAGGCCUCUAUAUAGAAGCGGGAGACUCUUUCUUUACUGACAACUGUACUGAGAAAUGCACAUGCCUUCAACAUACUAGGCAACUUAAGUGUGAGACACCAGGUUGUCAGCUGGGUUAUGAGUGCAAGUUGGUUGAUCAACUUCGCACAUGUCAACCAGUGCUGUACGCUGAGUGCAGCAUGACGGGAGGACCUCACAUCGAGAACUUUGAUAGGCAUGAUUACAACUUUCACGGCACCUGUGUGUACCAGCUGGCUGGGGUCUGCUUGAAAGAUCCGUCCCUGCAACAGUUUAAAGUUCUUGUGCAAAGAGUUGACUCUGGUGCAAAGUGGGUGGAGGUCAACAUUAAUGGGAUUUCCAUUGUCAUCACAAGAAAUCAGAAAGGCUCAGUUCUGAUAAAUGGAAAAAUGACUACCUUACCCAUCACACUCAAAGGCAAAGUAACAGUUCGCCAGUUCGGGGACCGUGCUGAGAUUGAGACAAAGUUCGGGUUGCAUGUCUCUUACAACUGGGAUUCAACAGUACAGGUGAAAGUGCCCAGUACUUAUGCAGGCGCAAUGUGUGGCCUGUGUGGGAAUUAUAAUCGCAACCCUAAAGAUGACCUACUGUUGAACAACGGCACGCUGGCAGAGUCUGCAGACGAACUAGGAAAGAGUUGGAGGAUUGCUGAGAUCCCAGGCUGUGUUGAUGGCUGCAAGAACAAGAGUCAAUGUCCUAGUUGUGACAUCACCCAGAAAGAAAAAUAUGAGACAGAUGAGUACUGCGGAUUGUUACGAAAGUCCUCAGGCCCCUUCCGUGAUUGCCAUGACAUCAAAAAUGCAGAUUCUUUUUUUAAGAAUUGUGUGUAUGAUGUGUGCCUUCAUAAUGGCAAGAAUGGCUCCUGGUGCAACUAUCUCCACAGUUAUACUGUAGAAUGCCAAAAGAAAGGAGUCAUUGUGUCCAAUUGGAGGACAAAAGACUUCUGUCCCGUAACUAAGGACAUGUAUCCUAAAAACGGUCGCUAUGAGCACUGUGCCAAUCUUUGCCAUGCAACCUGUGAAAACGGAUCACCGCCCAGUGAAUGCAAAGAGCCAUGUGAGGAAGGAUGGGUGUGCAAGGAAGGCUUCCUACUCAGUGGAAACGAAUGUGUGCCUUUUGAUGAGUGUGGAUGUAUGUACAUGGGCGAAUACCAUAAGAAUGGGGAUUCUUUUCUAGAUUCAAACUGUAAUCUGAACUGCACCUGCAAUGCCACAGGGAUGAGCUGCAAUCCACACUCCUGUGGGCCAUUUGAGAACUGUACACUGAAGAAUAAUGUGCAGUCAUGUCAGCCAGUGGAAACAGCAACCUGCACGAUCUCAGGUGAUCCACAUUACAAAAACUUCAAACAACAUCCUUUUGACUUCCAAGGCACCUGCUCUUACACCGCAGCUAAAUCGUGCCAUCAGGAAGGCUUGCAUCACAACAAAUUCUCUGUGGUUGUGGAGAACGACAAAUGGACAAUGACAGACCAACCGGAUGUGUCUGUCGCCACUCUUGUUGCUGUGAAGGUGUACGGUCACACCCUGAUCCUCCGAAGGAAUCAAUUUAAAUCGCUCAUGGUGGAUGACAUCUUGACAAACAUUCCAUUUAAUGAUGGACGAGUAAAAGUCUUCCAAGAAGGCUUUGUCUAUGCUAUCGUGGUUGAUUUUGGCCUAAAAGUGACCUAUGACAUGAUCUACAGAAUUGAAGUCACUAUUCCUGCAGACCAAAUAGACGAAACCUGUGGUCUGUGCGGCAAUUUUAACAAUAAGACCGAUGAGUUUCAGCUGCCUGAUGGAAAAAUGACCAAGGAUGUCAAAACCUUUGGAGCAGUGUGGAAAGAGCCCACUCCAGGGGUGGUAUGUGAGGAUGGCUGCAGUGGUGACCAGUGCCCAAAAUGCAAUGAUGCUCAAAAGAAAAUCUUUGAAAAAGAUUGUGGAAAACUCCUUGAUCCUAAUAGUACCUUAGCUGCAUGCCACAGCCAACUCAGUCCUGAGUAUUACUACAGAGAUUGUGUCUAUGACGUCUGUAUGAGUCAGGGAAAUCGUGCUGUGCUCUGCAACAGCAUCUCAGCAUAUGUGAGGGACUGUCAGACCCUUAAAGUAAAGCUGGACAACUGGAGGACGCCUGAUUUCUGCCCUGCUCAGUGUUCUGAACACAGUCACUACCAUAUCUGCACUGGAGCCUGUGCCUAUCCAUGCCCUGGUCUCACCGAAACCAUCACCUGCCCCACCACUUGUAGAGAGGGCUGCACCUGUAAAGAGGGCUACUAUUUCAAUGGGACUGGCUGUGUUGCCCUAAAGGAUUGCAGUUGUUACCACGAAGGACGUACCUUUAAGAUUGGUGAGUCUGUGCUAUCUGACAGCUGCCAUCAGCGCUGUGUCUGUACGACAUCUGGGGAAGUGAAGUGCGAGGACUUUUCAUGCAAGUCUACAGAGAACUGCAGGGUUGAGAACCAUAUCCUCGGCUGCCAUCCCAAACAGUGUCGAAUUGAGACGGGAGGAUCCAUUACUCUUUUCAGUGGCAAGGCUGGCACUAUCUCUGUUAUGGGAGCAUAUGAGAUCAUCACACACUGCAACAAAUCGGCUGUUGACUGGUUCAGGGUUGUAGCGAUGUUUCAAGAAUGCAGACUGUCCGGUGUGAGGGGUGUUGUUGCUAUUUACAUCUACUUUAAUGAUCUGACCGUCACCGUCACCAACAAACAGGAGAUCUGGGUAAACGGUAAAAAGGUGACUUCCCCCAGCCAACCGAGAAACAACAUCUCUUUGAGAUCCACCGGCCAAGCCAUACUCGUCGAGCAGUUGUCAAACUUCAAGCUGCAAUUCAGCUACACCCAGGAGAUAAUUGUGACUGUGAGUGACAGCAUGGCGGAAAAAGUAUGCGGAGCAUGUGACAAGCUCUUCCCCUUCAGAGACAUCAUGGUCUUCUCUCUGGGGACGAUGCAGGACUACAUGGCCCUAUUUUCUGCACAAGACUUUCCUACCUGUGGGCUGUGAAGGAAACUCGUCACCUCAAUGCAACAGUAUCAUCAUCUACAAUUAAUUCAAAUCAAGACUGAAAUGUGGAAUUCAUGUUUGAUUUUGUAAAAUAACAUAACAUAAUAAACUUGA